AUGCCUUGUCUCGCUUUAACAUUCUCCCUCUCUGACGAGGAGAAACCUCCAAUCUUACCACUCGUUCAUCCCUCUUCCCCUCCUAAUCGUUCACCCGGUAGGAUAUCCGCUCGAAGAGUAUCAUACACUCUCAAAACCCGAUUAGAAAAACAUCACACACCUAUACUCUUCACUCUCCUAUUCGUUUCAAUCUUAGGAUCUAUAUUCUUUCUCACGCGAUCUUCUAUACCUUCCAUUCAAUUCACUCAUUCAACACCACGACAUUUAUACGUCCGAGAUUCAUCGGAACAUGUUCAUGCUCACGUGACACAUACGCCGAUCACUGAAACAGAAGAAGAUAACGGCUUAUCUCUUCUCAUUCAAGAUACGGAAGAACUUAUAGCUGAAGAUGACGAAUUUUGGGAUCAUUAUGUAGAACCUAUCCCUCUAUCAGAUGAAGAAGCGGCGGCGGAAGCAGAGGUCAAAGCUAGACAUGCGGAUGUUUUAGAACAUGAUCGUCAACAAAGUUUAAGAGCUCUUAUUUGGUGGUUGGCUGAAGGUGGUAUGUUCUCGGAAGAUUGGAAAGUUCCCAGUAAAGGUGAAUUGAGAAAAGCGGGAGGAAGAGGGAUGGAGAAUAUGUUGAUGGGAAUUGAUAAUGGUGAAGCAGGGGAUGAAAUAUUCGAAGAUGGUUGGGCAGAGUUUGCCAAUAAAAGAUAUAGGAUUGUGAUGUUUUCAAAGUCUUAUUGUCCUUAUUGCAAACAUGCUAAAACUAUCUUGGACAAUUACUUCCUCACUCCCGCACCUUUCGUCAUCGAGCUAGAUCAACGAGUCGACCACAAUAUCAUCCAAGACCUCCUACAACAUCUCACAGGUAGGAGAUCCGUCCCUAAUCUCAUACUCGACUUCGUCUCCGCAGGUGGGGACGACGACAUGACCCUCGCUCAUUCGGAAGGAGCGAUGCAAAAACGGUUCGAAGAAAUGAAAGUGGUCCCCAUGCACGGUAGACGGAGAAAAGCUCCUAUCAAACUUUAG